UGGCUAUGGCUGCGUGUCUCCUUCAAAGUGGUCCGGGUCGACCUUGUUUUUGUUUUAAUUAUUAUUCUUAUUCUUCUUGAAGACAAGAUGGACGGAGCUCCUGAAAGGAGCGGAGGACUCCGCUGCAUGCUGGAGUUUGCUGUCGAGAUGACUUGCCAAAAUUGUGUAGAGGCGGUUCGGAAAACACUGCAAAAGACCCCAGGCCUCCGCAUAGUUGACAUCCAGCUGGAUUCGCAGACUGUCCUGGUGGAGACAAGCCUUGGGAGUGAGGAAGUCCAGAACCUUUUAGAAACUACAGGGCGUAAGGCUGUGCUGAAAGGAAUGGGAAGUAAUGUGCCAGCAUGUAGGUGACCUUGGGAACAUCUUGGCCACUGCUGACGGCAGAGCAUCCUUUCAGAUGGAAGAUCAUCAGCUGAAGCUGGAAGCUGUUCAUUCUCAUAGUUUCCAGACCAGUUUAUGCAUGAAACGUGGCUGGGUGACUUUGGACCAAUCAGCAGGAGACUGUGAGUUGUAACCCCUCCAAAGAAUAGGGAUAAGUAUAGGGAUUGGAUAGGAUGGAAUUAUAGAAAAGAAUAGAAUAGAAUGUCUAGAAAAAUAAAAUAGAAGAGGAGAGAAUAUAAAAUAUAGACAGUA